AUGGCGUCAGACGGCAAUUCUGUCCUACAGUCUAAUGGAAGCGGCGCCGCUCGCUCAAAUGGAUCGACUGGUGUUGCUUCUCAGAGAACUGUCUUGCCCAGUGGUGCGACUAACGGGACACACAAGGCAGCGUCUCUAGCUGCUAACGGCUCAGCAAAUGGAGACAAAGCCUCUACGUCGGCCGUCCGACCCUCAUCAUAUUUCGGACAUAACCGAGAGGAGGUGACCCGAAUUUUGAUCCAAGCAUUGUCAGACAUGGGUUAUCAAGCUGCGGCUGAGAGUGUGAGCGAGGAGAGUGGGUUUAAACUGGAAAACCCAACUGUGGCAGCCUUUCGGUCAGCUGUGUUGGAGGGCUCAUGGGCUGAAGCGGAAGAUUUGCUGACGGAAGCUACUGUGGCAGGACAGGCUGGGGAGGAUGGCGGUGGUGGAAAUGGGCUUGUGCUCGCGCCAGGCUCUGAGCGAAAUGUCAUGAGAUUUGCCAUGCGCCAACAAAAGUUUCUGGAGCUUUUAGAAACCAGAGACACAACUCGGGCACUCCAGGUUCUGAGGGGAGAAUUAACGCCGCUAGACUACGACACCGCCAAGGUGCAUUUUCUUUCCAGCCUCCUCAUGUGUCUUUCGACAGAAGACCUGAUGGCCAAGGCAAAUUGGGACGGGGCAGGGGGACAAUCACGCAAAAGGCUGUUGUCUGACCUAUCGAGGUGCAUCUCGCCAUCUGUCAUGCUUCCCGAAAAUCGUCUAGCUGUUCUCCUCCACCAGGUCAAGCAAAGUCAGAUCAACUCCUGCCUCUUCCACACAGCGGCAUCGUCGCCUUCGCUGUACGCGGAUCAUCACUGCGACAGGCGAGUCUUCCCCAGGGAUAUCGUGCUGGAGCUCACUGAAAUGCGAGGAGAGGUGUGGGAAGUGCAAUUUUCUCACGACGGGACGCAGCUUGCCGCCUGUGGAUCCAGUGACAGCGUCUUUAUAUGGGAGACUUGGUCAUUCCAGGUUGUACACGCGCUCAGCAUGCAGGUUCAAAAAGAUCACCAUUCCGGCGUGGCAAGUAUUGCGUGGAGUCCAGAUGACUCGAUGAUGGUGACCUGUUCGCAGGAUCAUUUUGCGCGAUUAUGGGAUACCAAGAAUGGUCAAUUGAUCAAGAAACUGAAGAGGUUCGACGAACCUGUCAGCAGCUGCAUCUGGGCGAGCGACAGCAAAUCCUUUGUCCUCGGCACCCUCGAUAACAAGCGGAGCAUUUGUACAUUCAACAGUGAGGGCGAAGAGCUGGUCCAGUGGGACAAGAAGCACCGUGUGCAGGCCAUGGCUGGUUCCCCCGACGGACGGUGGCUUGUAGCGGCGGAUAACUUUACCAACAUGUACGUGUACAACGGGAUAACAAGAGCGUUGGAGUAUGAGCUAGAUUUGGGUGCGCAGCCAAUAUCCCUAGCCAUCAGCCAGGACUCCCGGCAGCUGCUUGUCAACAAAGGGGACAGUGAGGCCCAGCUCAUCGACUUGUUCACGAGAGCUACGGUGCAGAAAUUCCUCGGCCACAUGACGGACCAGUGCGUCAUCCGCGCCUCCUUUGGCGGGGCCAACGAGAGCUUUGUCAUGAGCGGCAGCGAGGACGGAAAAGUGGUCAUCUGGCACAAGAAUAUAGGGGCUGCUGUCGAGAGGUUGUCCAGCUUUUCCGGCAAGCGGUGCAACUGUGUGGUUUGGAACCCGGCCGAUCCAUACAUGCUCGCCUCGUGUAAUGAUGACGGAAAAGUGCGAAUAUGGGCUAACCGCAAGAGAGGCGUGGAUAUCAGGUCUCGGAUACCCGGGUUGACGGGGUGGAAACACCAUCAAAAUGAACCCGUGCCGUUCUAG